CGCCACUUCAUCAAAAGCGCCUUCUUUUCGAUACAACAAACAUGUCUGUCGCUUUCUUCCGCUUGUCACGGGCUCGAGCGCCUUGUGUACGUAGCUCGCGCGCCUUCUCAACAACAAUUCCACACCUACAGUCGCCCGCACGAUCUAUACCUUACACGGAAACAUGCCCAUCGCCAACAUGCACAUGCGCCGCUGCACCGCCCGAACUCGACAUCGAUCGAAAGACGCCGCUGUUGAACACCAUGGCGCCAUAUACUGAGCAGGUACUUCUCGCCACAGGGAAAGAGGAUUGGACAAGCAAUCUCGACGAUGACGAGGGCGUCACGGCAGACUUCGUCAAAGGCCUGAAGGGCGUGAUUGGGAAGGGUGGCGAGGCGUUCGAUGUUUCCAUUCACCAACGUGCUAAUCACCGCGAGCUCGUUACCAGCGACUAAAACCCCCAACUCGACAACCGCAUACCUAUUCCCAAGCUUUCAGCGCAUACGGUCGAUUUCACAUACCUCAGAGGCUUUCAGGAACUUCGCAACCGCAUACCUCAAAGCGCCGAAGCUGCAUCCCAUGCACGACGGUCUCUCCGCUGCCCAAAAAGCCGCCCUUACACGCAAUAUGUCGAAAGCCACGCUCCUGCCUACACCGGAGCCUAUCACCAAGCCUAUGGUUCUGAUCUGCGGACACGGCGGCCGCGAUCAACGAUGCGGUAUCCUUGGCCCCAUUCUACAGUCAUCUUUCCGCAAGGAACUCGAACGCAGAGGGAUAGACGCAGACGUUGUGCAAAUCAGUCACAUCGGAGGACACAAAUACGCUGGCAAUAUCAUUAUAUACUUACCUCCAAGCUUGGACGAAAAUGCGCUGAAGGGGAGCGGGAUAUGGUAUGGGAGGGUAGGGCCGGAGCAGGUCGAGGGAGUGGUCGAGGAAACAGUGAUUAAGGGGAGGAUCGUGGGGGACCUGCUCAGGGGUGGUGUCAUGCAAGGCGGUGGGAAUAUUGGGAGGAUUGUUGAGGCUCAACUAAAGGCGGAGAGGAGCGAGGAGGACCAAGGGAAGCUGAGGUUGAGACCAAGGGCAAGAGCUUAGCAUUGCGCGCUCUACAAAUUACCGAGGCGCAUCUUCUCUCAAACACGGUGGAGGCAACAUGACCACCCGUCUUCAGCGCAACACGAAAAACCAUUUUCAUUGACUUGUUCGAACAUGGUGAUAAGAAAAAAAGAUUCGAUCCCUGAAACAACUUUGCAUCAACGUCCCUGCCUCGCCAAGCCCA